AUGUACAUCAUUGAUCUUAGGUCCAUCAAGUCCCAGAAUUUGAACUUCCUCACUCUAGUGGUCUAUUUAUUACUUGGUUACCAGUUUACCCCUAAUGCACUUUGUGCCCCUGUGACACAGAGCGACCUUUGGCUGCCAUUACUUGGAGAAAACCAGAACCCACCAGAUUCCUGGACAUUGAAUUUCAAAGCUGGAGGUCAGACAUACAAUAUAGAAGUCAAGGCCACCAAGACUGUCAUGUUAUACCAAGGGGAGGACUGGGGAAAUGUGAUUUUUGAGAAACUAGUGGAGUUCACUGUGAAUGGAAAGAAAGGCUGGGGCAUUGCAGAGUAUUGCUAUAGGUGCAAGGAUAUCUCACCACCUACAAGACAGUCACAUGUUCCCACACUAAUAGAACCUAUCUCUGUGCCAGAGUUUGACAACAGGGCCCUGGUGCUGCCUUUCACAAAAGAGGCUUGCAAGAGUUCAGAGCUGGUUGGAGGCAAGGGGUGCCAGCUGGCCAUGCUGUGUACAAUAAAGGAUAAGUUCAUAGUGCCCAGAGGGCUGUGUGUGACUGUCAGAGCUCUACAAAAACAGUUGGAGUCAAGCACAGUUAUUGUGGAUAUGUGGGCAGAGUUGGAAGACAUUUGCAGUGGGAAAAUCAAAGGUAAUAUUCAGGAGUGCUGUAAGAGGCUGGUGGAUUCAUUCACUGCUGCCCCUCUCUGUAUGGAGGUCCAGGGCAGCCUGGUGGAGACCUUGGUCAAAGAGUUUGGAACUCAGCAUGAAGAAAUACUGUUUGCUGUGAGAUCAUCUGCUGUAGGUGAAGACAGUGAUGAGAUGUCUGCUGCUGGACAAAUGGAAACAUUUCUAGGAAUAAAAGGAAUUCACAAGGUAUUUGAAGCAGUGAUGAAGUGUUGGGCUUCUCAGUGUACCUACCAAGCAGUGGAAUACAGAAGACAGCAUGGCCAGCCAAUCAAAUCCCUCAUGGGUGUGGUUAUCCAGGAGAUGGUCCAAUCAGAGGCCUCUGGGGUGUUGUUCACCCAGGAUCCACUGACAGCCAAUCCUGGUGUGAUUACCAUCAAUGCAAACUAUGGUCUGGGUGAGGUGUUCAAAUGUACAUCAUCUGGAUUUCUGAUAUUACUGCAAUGA